UGAGAGAGGAAUUUUUAGGGUUUCCGUAACGGUGCGCAAGUUAUGUACUCCACUUUCGUUUGGGUGCGGCUCUCUCACUUUUGUUUCACACAGCGCCUUCGAUCCAGAAAACAUGACUAAGAGAACGAAGAAGGCAGGCAUCGUCGGAAAAUAUGGUACCAGAUAUGGUGCUAGUCUGCGGAAGCAGAUUAAGAAGAUGGAGGUUAGUCAGCACAGCAAGUUCUUCUGUGAAUUUUGUGGCAAGUAUGCUGUGAAGAGGAAGGCUGUAGGAAUAUGGGGAUGCAAGGAUUGUGGAAAAGUGAAAGCAGGCGGUGCCUACACAUUGAACACCGCUAGUGCCGUCACUGUGCGGAGUACUAUCCGGAGGUUGAGGGAACAAACUGAGAGUUAAGCAUUUUGGUUUGUGCAAGCUUUUGGGCAAUAGCUUUACGAAAUUAUUAGUUUAUGUUUAGAGAACCGGAUUGUUUGAACUGAAUCAUGUUAUAUCUGAUUGAGAUUUCACUCUGUCCAAUUGCACGGAACUGUUUCUUGUUAUUGAAACAGCAUUGCUACAUAGUUUUAUUUCUUUUUGUGGUUCUUU